AUGUUUGAAAACCCCCCUCUUCUUGCUGAUAUAAAUAUCAGGGGAAAUUUUGCACAGAAACGGGCAAAGCAGACUUUUUCUCGUCUGGAGACACAUCUUAUAGUGAAGGCUUCCUCAGCAGCAAAACCCCAAGAUGAAAAACCAAAUGUUUGCACUGACCUUUAUGAUGGCAAAAAGCAUCCAAUUGGAUCCCACUGGAAUACAGCACACUGCAAAGAAUGCUGGUGUUCAGAUGACGGGAUGCAAUGUUGUGACAGGUUUGGUGGCAUUGCAGUUAUGGAAGGAUGCAUAUCGGUGGUUGAUCCUGAAACCUGUAAAUAUAAGUUCUACAAAGAAGAUGACCCUUCAACUCUUUGUACUUUUUAAAACAUGACGAGUCCUUUAGUCAUGAAUGAAUAAACUGAUGA